AUGGGAUAUUGUGGAAGCAAAUUAUCUAGAAAAGAUAAAUAAACCAAUAAAAAUAAUAUCAAUGAUUCACAAUUUUAAUAAUAUCAAAUAUAAAAUGUAAUCUUUUAUUUUUAAAUUAGAUAUUGUCAUAAUCAUCAAACCUUAAUUACUCAACGUAAGAACAAAUAUUAUAGAAGAAAAGAGAUUAUAAAAAAAGUGAAUUAAUUGGAAAAGGAUCCUUAUUUGAAGUUUAUCAAGCUCUUGAUAAUAAAACAGGUAAAAUAAUGGCUAUUAAAACUGUUAAGAUAUAAGGGACAAAAGAAUAAGUAUAUUACAAUAUCAUUAAUAAUUAAUUAGAAAUAUCUAUUGAUUGAUUAAUUAAAGGCUGAAAUAAAAUUAUUGAAACGACUGAAGCAUAAAAAUAUAAUCAAGUAUUAUUUUACAGAAAUAAGUCCUGAUUUUACUUAAUUAGAUAUUGCUUUAGAAUAUAUAUCAUAAGGUUCUUUAAAAAGGGUUUUGAGUAAAAUUGAUCUAGAAGAAUCUAAUAUUAGAAUAUAUAGUAAAUAGAUUUUAGAAGGCAUUCAAUAUCUUCAUAAAAAAAAUAUUAUACAUCGCAACAUUAAGACUUCUACUAUUUUAGUUGAUAGUGAAGGCACAAUUAAAUUAUCUAAUUUUAAAAAUUUUAUUUAAAUUGAUCAAGAGUUUGAUAUUAAUGAAAAAUAAAAGUCAUUUGCAAUAGAUAUAUUAUCUUUAGGGGCUGUAAUAAUAGAGAUGUUUGGUGGUUAUAUACUUAAUUUUGAUGAAUUGAUUAAGAAUAUAUCAGAAGUUCAAAAACCUCCAUAUCCAUCAUAAGCAAGUGCACUAUCUAAAAAUUUAUUAGACAUUAUUUUUGUACCAGAUCAUUAAUAAUAUUCAACUGAUAAAUUAUUAUAGCAUCCAUUUUUUAAUUUUGAGUAAGAAAAAAAAGAAUUUUAAUUAGAUGAUCCUAAUUCUGAUCAGUCUUUAAUUGGAUCUAGCUUUGAAGUGAAAAAACCUUUUAUAUAAGAUAUUAAUUAGGAUCAAUCAAUUUAAAAAUGUAACAUACUUUAAAAUAAUAAAUAAAGGUAUAUUUUAUUUAUAAAUUAGACAGCAAGAACUAGAAUAAGCAUUAUAAAGUUUAUUAAGGAAAAAAAACUUACAAAAUUGA